GGUCAGCUGACUCUGAUGCUGCUGUCAGGAGACCUCACGGUUUACUCUGAAUGGCAGCUAUGAAGAUUGUCAAGGUUUAGAAACGUUACAAACAGCUAGACUUUCUCAAGUAACGCCCGAGCCUUGAAUACACGGUUGUCUGGAGCUGCAUCAGAGCUGUCAUCAUGACUGAGUUUUGGUUGAUCUCUGCUCCGGGAGAGAAGACCUGCCAGCAAACAUGGGACAAAAUGACAGCAGCCACCACGCGCACCAACAAUCUGUCCACCAACCACAAGUUCAGCAUCCCGGAUCUCAAGGUCGGAACGCUCGAUGUCUUGGUGGGACUAUCAGAUGAACUGGCCAAAUUAGAUUCCUUUGUUGAAAGUGUGGUGAAGAAGGUGGCUCAGUACAUGGCCGAUGUGCUGGAGGACAGUCGAGACAAAGUGCAGGAGAACCUGCUGGCCAACGGAGUUGAUCUCGUCACCUACAUCACCAGGUUUCAGUGGGAUAUGGCGAAAUACCCAAUAAAACAGUCUCUUAAGAACAUCUCUGAAAUCAUCUCAAAGCAAGUAUCCCAGAUUGACAAUGACUUAAAAGCCAGAGCGUCGGUUUAUAAUAACCUGAAGGGAAACCUGCAGAACUUGGAAAGGAAGAACGUGGGGAGCCUGCUGACCAGGAGCUUGGCUGAUAUUGUCAGAAAAGAAGAUUUUGUUCUUGAUUCCGAGUAUCUCAUCACUCUGCUGGUGGUUGUACCAAAGUCGUCAUAUCCCGACUGGCAGAAAACGUAUGAAACCCUCGCUGAGAUGGUGGUGCCUCGCUCUUCAAAUCUGCUGUUUGAGGACUACGACAGCGGGCUGUUCAGCGUCACUCUGUUCAGGAAAGCCAUCGAUGACUUCAAGCACAAAGCCAGAGAGAGCAAGUUCACAGUGAGAGACUUCCAGUACAACGAGGAGGAGCUGAAGGCCGACAAAGAGGAGAUGACACGGCUCUCCACAGAUAAGAAGAAGCAGUUUGGUCCCCUCGUCCGAUGGUUGAAAGUGAACUUCAGUGAAGCCUUCAUCGCUUGGAUUCAUAUUAAAGCUCUCAGAGUCUUUGUUGAAUCAGUUCUCAGGUACGGGCUGCCGGUGAACUUUCAGGCCAUGCUCCUGCAGCCAAACAAGAAGACCACGAAGAAGCUGAGGGAGGUGCUGAAUGAGCUGUACAAACAUCUGGACAGCAGUGCAGCAGCGAUCAUCGAUUCUACGAUGGACAUCCCAGGCCUGAACCUGAACCAGCAGGAAUAUUAUCCUUACGUUUACUACAAGAUUGACUGCAACCUGCUGGAUUUUAAAGUUUAAUUAAUCAGCUGCCAUAUUUGUGCCGACACGCUGAGUGUUGAUUGAUUUAUCUUCCUCGUGGGUCAAACCUCCUCCUCCUCUCCUGCCGUCUUCUCUCCACGCCCUGUGCCCUCCCCAUCAGCUGCUGCAUGAUCACUCUGUGGUGAAAAGGCUCCUCAACAAGCUUCUACCACUUUUACAGCCAACACGAAACCUUAAAUCCUUUUUUUGUUCAGUUUUGUUCCAUCUUAAGCCGUGCAGGUGAAUAGCUGGAGGGUGUAUAUUUCCUGUCAUUCCACAUGUGCUGGUGUGUAUUUAUAGCUGUCAGUGUUCAGAGAUUUGUGUCUACACAUGGGCGGCGUCAUCGUUGUUCCUAUGGCGACCACAUCUGGAAUGUGUUUCAGAGACUCUGGGCGAAGCCUACAGAUGUUGUCAACCAAGAUGUGAUGUGUGUUGUACCUGCUGUCAAUAAGAGAUCUAUAUCUGAAUAUUGUG